AUGGCCCGAGUUACCUUCGGCGUAGCUUCAAGUCCCUUCCUACUAGCAGCAACGAUACAGACGCAUAUAGAGAGCUGUAGAGAUCAAUAUGGCGUGAUCUGCGACAAGCUAAAAGCUUCGUUUUAUGUUGACGAUCUGGUACUUAGCCUGCCAAACCGUAAAUCGGCUGACGACCUUUUUCAAAUGGCGAAUAGCAUAAUGGGCGCUGCCAAUUUCAACUUGCGUAAGUGGAAUACCAACGACAUUUUACUAAAGGCCUCUUUUCCAGUUGCAAAGCGUGACGAGUGUACGAAGCCUAAGGUGUUGGGCAUAAAUUGGUGCACAAUCGCGGAUGAGCUCAGCGUCGAAUUGGCAGGAAUUGUUGAAUAUUUACGAUCGUUAAGAGGCACCAAACGGAAUGUAAUGAAGGCGAUGGCAAAGAUCUACGAUCCCUUAGGAAUGCUUUCCCCAUUUGUCGUUCGAAUUAAAAUAUUGCUGCAAAGUGUGUGGAAAGCGAACCUUGACUGGGAUCAAACUUUGGAUGCAGAUCUGUUGUCAAGCUUCCAAUGCUGGCAAGAAGAGCUGCCAAUACUAAGCGGACUGCGUAUAAAGAGAAAUCUCACAACGUACAGCACAGCAGCAAACGAGAUGCACAUUUUUGCAGAUGCGAGCCCAAAAGCGUAUGGAGCGGUAGCAUACUUGCGGCAAAUUUCUCCUGAUAAGGAAAUAGUGACAAAUUUCAUUUGCUCAAAAAAUCGAGUAGCGCCUCUUGAGAAGAACUCAGUAAACACCGAACUGAGCUUACCGAAGUUGGAGCUGACCGCAGCCCUGAUGGCGGCCAGACUCAAAGCAUUUUUAGUUGAGGCUAUUGAUUGCGAUGUUUAUGCGACAUACAUGUGGACGGAUUCUACAAUUGCUUUGAAUUGGAUAAGAGGCUGCGGAAAGCAGUUGAAGCCUUAUGUCAAGGCGAGAGUGAACGAAAUAAACAGUCUGACGAAUAUAUAUGAAUGGCGCCACUGCGAUGGAAAAAACAACCCCGCUGAUUUGAUUACCAGAGGUAUUAAAGCCAAGCAGUUAGCAGAAUCAGUAUUGUGGAAGUAUGGACCAGCCUGGCUGCUAGAACAAAAAGAAUGCUGGCCAACAGGCUGUCAAGUUGAGCGACCGACGUGCUUGGUAACUGUUGCAAUAAAAGACGAUAGCGAUACGUACAAACCUAUUUUGCAAAUCGACGAUUUCAGCAGUAUGAAGCGUCUGCUACGUGUGACAUCGUACAUUUUUCGGUUCCUGAACGCUAUCAAAACCAACCAUGUGCGCGAAAAAGGCCGGAGAGUUAAAUCUGUCGCUGACGUCGACGAGCUAACUUAUAAAGAGUUGAAAGAGGCUGAGUGCUACUGGAUAAGGGAUGCUCAAAGGGGUGAUUACGAGAAGGAAAUCGGCGCAUUGCAACAGGGCUUGUUAAUCUCAUCUGAUUCAAAGCUUUUGACUUUAAAUCCAAUACUGGAGAAUGACGUACUGGUGCUCACAGGAAGACUGCAUGGAGUUGAAUUUGGUAAUAGACAUACUAACCCAAUUAUUCUUCCAAAGCAUUCUCGUUUUAGCCAGCUGAUAAUAAUUGAGGCGCAUAAAGCCACUCUACAUGGUGGCGUUAAUGCAGUUUUGUCGCACAUUAGAAAGAAGUUUUGGAUAGUUCAAGGUCGGCAGCUGAUUAAGAACAUUCUUCAGCGUUGUGUAAUAUGCAAGCGCCUAUACGGCAAAAGCGCGUCAGAACCGUGGACGGUUUUACCAGCCGAACGAAUUGCAACGGCUAGGGUUUUUGAAACCACUGGUGUGGAUUUCGCCGGCCCACUCUACGUAAAGACUGAUGGAGACGACAUCCGUAAAAAGGUCUACAUAAUGCUGUUUACUUGCGCAGCAAUUCGCGCGGUGCACUUGGAGUUAGUUGCUGACAUGACCGUUAAUAGCUGUAUCGAGGCUUUGCGGAGGUUUAUAGCAAGGCGCGGUACACCCAAAAUCAUAAUCUCAGAUAAUGCUAGAACAUUUAAAAGAGCGGACCUGGAGCUCCGAAAACUUGAAGAACUGGUGAAAAAGAAGGAGGUAUUACAGCUGGCUGCACAUAAAGGUAUCACAUGGAGAUACAUCCCUGAGAGAGCGGCAUGGUGGGGCGGUUUUUGGGAACGCCUGGUGCGGUCGGUCAAAAACGCUUUAAAAGCAUCAAUUGGCAGAGCGGUGCUAACAUCAGAGGAGCUUAGAACAUUACUUACCGAAGUCGAGAGUGUAGUAAAUGCCAGGCCGCUAACUUAUAUUACCAAUGACGAUAAGGACUUGGAGCCACUUACUCCGUCGAAUUUUCUAAUCGACUGCAAUUCAGCUAUUUUGCCUACAGAUUUUCAAUCUGACGGGUCGACGAUUUCACAAGCCUGGACGCUACGUCAAGCUUUACUGCGGCGCUAUAUGAAGAGGUGGCGCGAAGAAUAUCUGCAACAACUUCGCUCCAUUUAUCACAACAAGAGCGCAGCGUCACGCAGCAUAGGGAUUGGUGACGUAGUUUUGGUGAAAGAUGACAACAAACCUCGCCUUCAGUGGAAGCUAGCAGUCGUGCAGACGACGUACCAAGGACGAGACGGGCGCAUUAGAGUAUGUGACGUACGAAUGCAAGGUCAGCAAGUGCUUAAGAGGCCAAUUCAGUUACUCUACCCUCUGGAAAUUUCAUCAUCGAUUGCCGGGCCCGAGGAUGUUGAAAAUUGA